GUGUCCGGGCCGUGGGCCGGAGCGGGUCGUGCGCGCUGAGGAGGAGCCGCCGCUGCCGUCGCCGUCGCCGCCGCUGCCGCCACCGCUACCGAGGCCGAGCGGAGCCGUUAGCGCCGCGUCGCCGCCGCCCGCCCGCCCCGGAGCAGACCCGGGCCCGCCCGCCCGCUUCCAGAUUUUUAAAAAAAUACAAUGUCUAAUGGUUAUGAAGACCACAUGGCUGAAGACUGCAGGGAUGAUAUUGGGAGAACAAAUUUGAUUGUCAACUACCUCCCUCAGAACAUGACCCAGGAUGAGUUACGAAGUUUGUUCAGCAGUAUUGGUGAAGUUGAAUCUGCAAAACUUAUUCGGGAUAAAGUAGCAGGACACAGCUUGGGCUACGGCUUUGUGAACUACGUGACUGCAAAGGAUGCAGAGAGAGCGAUAAACACGCUGAACGGCCUGCGGCUCCAGUCAAAAACCAUUAAGGUGUCGUACGCUCGCCCGAGCUCAGAGGUCAUCAAAGAUGCCAACUUGUACAUCAGCGGGCUUCCGAGGAACAUGACCCAGAAGGAUGUGGAGGACAUGUUCUCUCGGUUCGGGCGGAUCAUCAACUCCCGGGUCCUCGUGGAUCAGACCACAGGUUUGUCCAGAGGGGUUGCGUUUAUCCGGUUUGACAAACGGUCGGAAGCAGAAGAGGCAAUUACCAGUUUCAAUGGUCAUAAACCCCCAGGUUCCUCCGAGCCCAUUACAGUGAAGUUUGCAGCCAAUCCCAACCAGAACAAAAACGUGGCGCUGCUCUCCCAGCUGUACCACUCGCCAGCUAGGCGGUUCGGAGGCCCCGUUCAUCACCAGGCGCAGAGAUUCAGGUUCUCCCCUAUGGGUGUAGAUCACAUGAGUGGGCUUUCUGGUGUCAAUGUCCCAGGCAACGCUUCUUCGGGCUGGUGCAUCUUCAUCUACAACCUUGGUCAAGAUGCCGAUGAGGGAAUCCUCUGGCAGAUGUUUGGCCCCUUUGGUGCAGUUACCAAUGUGAAAGUGAUUCGCGACUUCAACACCAACAAGUGCAAAGGCUUUGGUUUUGUGACCAUGACAAACUAUGAAGAAGCCGCGAUGGCCAUAGCAAGUCUGAACGGCUACCGCCUGGGGGACAAAAUCUUACAGGUUUCCUUCAAAACCAACAAGUCCCACAAAUAACUCGCUCAUGCUUUUUUUUGUACGGAAUAGAUAAUUAAGAGUGAAGAAGUUGAAACUUUUUUGUUAGUGUACAACUCAUUUUGCGCCAAUUUUCACAAGUGUUUGUCUUAGUCUAAAUGAGAAGUGAAAAGGUUUUUAUACUCUGGGAUGCAACCGACAUGUUCAAAUGUUUGAAAUCCCACAAUGUUAGACCAAUUUUAAGUUUCUUAAGUUAUUUCCUUUAAAAUAUAUAUUAAACAGAAAUCUAAGUAGACUGCAUUGACUAACCAGUCCUUCGGGAUGGUGGUGAAACUGAAGCAUGCUUUAACUUCUGAGACUGUCUAACACGCGUUUCAUUCGAUGUCUCCACAAACUGGAUAGAAACAAACAAACAAAAAGAAAUGACCUUUUAGUUUUAGUUUUUAAACUAAAGAUGUUAGACAGAUGCCUUGUGUGCGUUUUCUCAACCGCUUCAACAUUUUAAGCGAUUUCUGCUUUGGUUGACAGGAAAUUGCUUUCCCAAGCAGGUCCCAUUGCCACCUCCUGCUCACUCAGCCGAUUGGCCCCAGCAGUGGCAGCGGGCCCGUCUGCCGUGGGCCACAAGCGGGCAGGGGGGCCACACACCAGGCCGGGCCAGGCUCUGCCAAGGACACGAGUGGGUUUCCUAAGCCCAGGCGCCAAUGGGAACGGACCAAAGAGUUUCAGGGAAACUCCAGUAUAUUCCAGAGUCAGAUCUCAGCUCCAGGCACGCCUGAAGACGUGUUGCUCCUCUGACAUCCCGAUUCCUGUCCACACAUUGCAUGCAUGGUGCCUCCACACAUCAGAUACUGUUGUUCACAAUCAUCUCUCCAGUUUCCAAGAGCAUUGAACACGGCCCCAGUGCGUAAAAUAGCUCUAUUUUUUAAUGACACAGAAACAUUUGAGCAUUGUAUUUCUCGCAUCCCUUCUCGUGAGCGCUAGGCUUUUUUCUAUUUUAGUCGGAUUUUGUUUUGAAACUUUGCUUUCCUAUGAACACUCAGCAGAAAAGUACUUACUUCCUGCCAGUUACCUAUUAACAAAAAAAAAAAAAAAAAAAAAGAAAAGAAAAAAAAAAAAACCCUUUGAUUUGUAGUUUUAAAGAUUAACCUUCAAAGUUCUCUUCAUAACUGCCUUGACAUUUUGGGUUGUUCUGUUCUGUUAAUUUUCUUUUGCUUUUUUGUGUUUUUCGUUUGUUUUUACUUUUGCAUUUAAGACCAUUAAAUUUGAUUUUGUUUUGCUCGAA